AUGCCGCCAAAAGUUAGUGGUAAAGCCGUAAAGAAAGCUGGUAAAGCUCAAAAAAAUAUUAGUAAAACUGAUAAGAAGAAGAAGAGGAAGAGGAAGGAAAGCUACGCUAUUUACAUCUAUAAAGUGCUCAAGCAAGUCCAUCCUGACACUGGAAUUUCAAGUAAAGCUAUGAGUAUCAUGAACAGCUUUGUCAACGACGUUUUUGAGCGCAUUGCAGCAGAAGCUUCAAGAUUGGCGCACUACAACAAGCGUUCAACCAUCACUUCUCGUGAAAUCCAAACUGCAGUAAGACUUUUGCUACCUGGUGAAUUGGCAAAACACGCAGUUAGUGAAGGUACCAAAGCGGUCACCAAAUAUACCAGUUCGAAAUAAGCUGAUACAAUCUACUGCUCCAAAAAAUCGGUCCUUUUCAGGACCAACAAAUAUUAAUCACGUG